GGUUUCACGACAGCCUUAGAGCAGGCCAGCCAAACUCAAAGUAAACUAUCACAAAAGGUUAUCCGAGUGUUUUUCAGCUCACCAUUUGGAGGUCUUGAGCUCGAACGAGAAGAACUAACAAAGAAAUACUGGCCACAACUUCAGUCAUUGUGUAGUCGUCAUGGUUACACAUUUGUUCCUGUCGACUUACGCUGGGGUAUCACCUCUGAUCUGUCGGCUAGUGCAUCCACCAUAAUGAUCUGCUUAAGUGAAAUUGAUCGAUCCAAUAUUUUUGUUGGAUUUUUUGGCCAGGUAUACAGAGACUAG